AUGGUUUAUUUUCUGUUGGCAGCUAGUGGCACAUUUUGUUAUGAGUUAAUACAAGGGAAACAUUUUGGAGUUAUUGGUCGAGAACUCUUACAACUUGAAGACUGUAUGAUUCAACAGAUAAGAGGCGAGUCCUGCUUCCUUUUCUUUCUGCCAGCACCAUCUCAGCUCAUUUUCUCUAAGCAAUUCAACUUCACGGACAGCUACAUAGCCAGCCCUACGCUCCCAUCAUGGAUCUACCAGGCUGUGUGCCGCCCGCCCUGUGAGGACGCCUCAUUGCCCUGCCCGGAGGAGGAGGACUCGGAUCUAGUCCCAAGCCAGCAGCCAAGGAGAGAGCGCAGGGGAGGAACUAGGCGCAGCCUCCCCUCCCUACCCCCUUGCGCCCUGAUGCCGACGCCGAGCGGGAGCGGCUGCUGGCCCCUGCCGAAGAUGCCGGGGCUAGGGCGGCGGGGGGCCCUGCCGGAGCCCGCGGGCUGCUGCUCCUGCCUGGCGGCGGCGCUGGCCCUGCUGCUGCUCUUGCUGCUGCCGGCCGGCUGCCCGGUGCGUGCGCAGAACGACACAGAGCCCAUCGUGCUGGAGGGCAAGUGCCUGGUGGUUUGCGACUCCAGCCCGUCAGCGGACGGGGCCAUCACCUCCUCUUUGGGGAUCUCGGUGCGCUCGGGCAGCGCCAAGGUGGCCUUCUCGGCCACCAGGAGCACCAACCACGAGCCGUCGGAGAUGAGCAACCGCACCAUGACCAUCUACUUCGACCAGGUAUUAGUUAAUAUUGGCAACCAUUUUGAUCUUGCAUCCAGUAUAUUUGUAGCACCAAGAAAAGGGAUUUAUAGUUUCAGUUUCCACGUGGUCAAGGUCUAUAACAGACAAACUAUCCAGGUAAGUUUAAUGCAAAAUGGCUACCCAGUGAUUUCAGCUUUUGCAGGGGAUCAGGAUGUCACCAGAGAAGCAGCCAGCAAUGGGGUCUUGCUCCACAUGGAGAGAGAAGACAAAGUGCAUCUCAAACUGGAAAGGGGUAACCUCAUGGGAGGGUGGAAAUACUCAACCUUUUCUGGCUUCUUAGUCUUUCCACUAUAAAGGAAGACCAAAUAGGAGUCAGAUUCUUGAGCUAGAACAAGGAUUGAGUCGUUAAUGACACCCUGAACUUGGGAGAACAUGAUAAUAUUUCCAACCACGCAGUCAGACUGUCAUGGUAGAAGAAUGAUAACCUUCUAAACUCCAAUAUUUGCUUUGAAUAUUGACAAUUCCUCCGGAAACCUGCGCCUCUAAUUAGUUUUAGACGACAGUGAUCUUUAGGAAAAAUGAAAUUAUCGACCUGAGCAAUUUGUACCUGUGAUUGUAAAGUCAAUUUUGGAUUUUAUUGUUGGGAUCAUUGACUUUUUUUCUUUCUUUCUGUUGUUGUUGUUGUCCUGAUGAGACAAGUAACUUGGACCACACAAUCACUUGUCAAAGGCUCACUCCAGACCCAGAAGAAUUCACCACCUGAUGAAGUGUUCUUUCAAUGAUUUUUUCUUUGUGUUGUAUAGCUUUAAGAAAAAAAAAAAAAAAAAGAGAAAAAAUGGCUUCAGUCUCAGUUGUGUAUUUUCUUGGGGAGGGGGAAUUCUGGACAUUAUUAUGUCAAGAAGUGCUUUAUCCAGUGAAGCAAACUUUGCACGAUUGGAACUUAUUUUGUUUUAUGUUUAUAUUUUUCAUCGACAACUUAUUUUUGUUUUCUGAUUUUUUGUGCUAAAAAUUGUAAGCUAGAUUGAUCAAUAAGACUAAACAAAGCACAUAUAUGCUUUGUAGCUCCAAAUAAAAUUAACCAAUGAACAAUUCUAUCUGCACUUUUCAAAUGAUCUUUACAGAUGCAUUUAGAGAAGGAGCUAUGUGAUCCUUUGACUUAUCACCUCAAAUCCUUAAAGAAACUGACAUUUCUGAAUUAUCCUGACAUUUCUAGAAGAAACAGUAGAGGCUUUGAAUAUCUUAUCUGACCAUACCCUAAAAUAUAUCAUUUAUUUGCAUUAUGGAGUGUAUUUUGGUGUUUUUAUCUGAUAUGUAGUUAUUAUAUGUGUUCAUUAAUGCUUGAAUACAGUUUAUGGGAACACUGAAAGAUGACAGAUCAAACUCCUUCCUCUCUAAGUUAAAUAAAAGAAGAUCCCUGUUUUCCCCCACCAGGGUCAGGUAUAUCACCAGUUACCACUAGCAUUUUUGAAAGCAUAUGGUAGUAGGAUGUCAGAGACCUGAGGCUGUGAAACUGGUUGAAGGUUUAUGUAUCAUCAGUGAAUGCACCACAAAUUAUACAAUUUUUUAAUUUAUUUAUUGUCUGUAUAUGCUUCUCCUCUUAGCACACAGGGUCCAAAGAAAUCUGGGUGCAGACUCCGUCCAGUACUGUAGGCCAGGAAAAGUCAUUGAUUCCAAAUGAUAAAAGACGAAACUCAAAUUCAUCCUUUUCCCGUCAAUGUAACCAAAAUGCUGAAUAACUUAAGAUUCAGAAUAAAUGGGUUUGAUGUCCAUCUUGCUUUUUUCACUU